UUUUAAAAGCGUUCUGGGUGCUAUUCUUAGCUAGUGGGGCACAGCUAGUGUUGUUUAGAUUGCUUAAGUAAACAUUAGCAUAUACAAUUUUUUCUUUAUAUUUCUAAGUUAUAGUCAUGGAUUUAUAUUACAUCCCCUCUUCUGGACCCUGCAGGGCCGUUGAAAUGACUGCCAAGGCAUUGGGUGUAGAGCUAAACAAAAAAUUCCUCAAUCUUCGCAAGGGAGAACAAUUUACUCCCGAGUUUAAGAAACUAAAUCCUCAACACACAGUACCAACAUUGGUCGACGGGGAUUUUAUUCUAUGGGAAUCUCGUGUAAUUAUGAUGUAUUUGUGUGAAAAAUUCGACACGGCCAAGAAAUGGUAUCCAGAAUGUCCAAAACUCAGGGCAAUUGUCCAACAUCGCAUGAUCUUUGAUUUAUCGACAUUGUAUCAAAGUUUUGCCGAUUAUUAUUAUCCCACGUUGUUGUGGGGCAAACCAGUCGAUCACACAAAGUUGAAGAAUAUCGAAAAUGCUUUUAAGGUAUUCAAUAUUCUGUUGGAGGGUAAACAAUUUGCUGCCGGUGAUUCUGUGUCCAUUGCUGAUAUUUCGCUGUUGGCAACGGUGACAAAUUUUGAUGCUCUUAAAUUUGAUUUUAGUAAAUAUCCCAAUGUUGCUGCAUGGUAUGAGCGAUGUAAGACGGCGGUGCCUGGUUAUGCGGAGAAUUUUGAAGCUUGUAAGAUUUUCGAAAAGAUUUUCCGUGGUAAAUUGUAA